GUCUCUCUUUCUGCUUCUCUCUCAGAGGCUGGGGACGGGUGGUCACCACCGCACCGCAGCGCAUCGCCAAAAUUCGCCAUGGCCGUCCAUGGCGGUAUAGCUAUGGCUGCUACCGCCCCACGGGUUCCUCCGGCGGCCUCCAUGGCUACUCGCCGGCCUUGGUCAGCCGCUUCCCGUACCACGCCCAUGCGUCGGAUACGCAUCAUCCCCUCGCGCCUCCUCGUCGUCGCCUCCGCGCAGUCCAACUUCUCCAAAGCUGUUCAGACAGCAUGGAGGGUUGGCAAGGAUGCCGUUGACACUGGAAGUUCUCUUGUCCCAAGUUCAGUUCCACGGCCAGUUGCUAGGAUAGGCGUUACAUUCCUGGCGGUGUCGGUCGGCCUUUUUCUUCUCAAGUCCGUUAUCUCCACUGCAUUGUUUGUGCUGGCGAUGAUGGGGCUUAUAUAUUUCGCCUUCCUGGCAAUGAACGCAAAAGAGGGAUCUAGGAGUGUGGACGAAGGGGACAAUCUAUCGGACGACCCUGCCGAAGAAGCCCGACGUAUAAUGGAGAAAUACAAGUGAAGAACCUUGCUGAGUAUGUCAACUAGUGUACUGUGAGUAGGUUUACAAAUACCAGCCAUCCAGUUUUGAUGAUUUCUGAGUCUCCUUAUGGAUGGAUAUAGAUCUGAUUUAAGAUUCAUAGAAUUGAAUUCAUAUGACUAUAUAUACAUGAUGGGUUUUAUUUUUAGUAAGAAUGA